AUGGCAUUAACCAGUAGCAACAAGCGUCGGAGGCUACCCGAUGAAAAACCAACCCCAGCUCAAUUCGUCGAGAUCGUCGACGAGCUAGAUCAGUCCGAUGUACGAAAGCUCCUAACCCAAGCUGCCCAAUACUUAGGCGCCUUAGACGUACACAAACUUCUGGUUAAUGCUGCAGUAUCGAAUGAGCUCGUCGGAACUGAGAUUGCGGGUAGAUUGGCACAUAUUCAACUGCUCUGCAAGAGGGACAAGGCAAGGAAGGUUCAAGAAGAACGAUAUCCACCGUUGAAAUUGGCUCCACCAGCCCAGCAGGCUCAAUGUCCAGCCACGCACGAAUCCGAAGAAUUUUUCUUCAAUGCAAACAUCGAAAAAGUCGACUACUACAUCAACAAGGAAUUGACCAACCUGAACGACGCGGAAAAGUAUGACAAAGCACCGACCGCUGCCACCCUGGUCAACCUGGAGAUUGCGAAGAUUAAAGAAUCUGCCACCUAUAAAAGUGAUUGCGAGACAAAGAUCAAUGCCGUACUCGCCCUAUGCAACACUGGUAGCACUGUCAUGACAGGCGGCGAUUGCAUCGGUGACGAAGUGCGCGCACGGGUUGGCCACGAGGAAUUUCUAGUCAACGCAAUGUCAGACAUUAUGAAUUCCAUGUCACAUUUUGAGAUAAUGGCCUUCCGCGAUGAUAUCGUGAAGCUAGAAAAUUUCAACAUGAAGAGGAGGAUCUGGCGCGUUUUUGACGGCUUCAGAGAGUCUUCGAUCUUAUCGAGAAUGAACUAA